CAGUGGCUGUGGUUUCUGGCCAUGUCGGUGACACGGUGACUCUGCCCUGCCAUCUCUCCCCGCUCGGUAACACAGUGGAAAUGGAGGUGCGCUGGUUUAGAGAAGCGAUGACGGCGCCUGUGUUUCUCUACACCCUCCAGAAACCCGUGACGAGCAUUCAGAGCGACGAAUACAGAGACAGAGCCCGCCUCUUUAUAGAUGAACUGAGCGCGGGCAAUCUGUCGCUCCAGCUGAGCAACACCCAGACCUCGGACUCAGGACUCUAUACGUGCUCUGUGAUUCACAAAAUGACUUACGCAGCAGCCGUUGUGGAACUGAAGGUUACAGCUGUACCCCUAAUCCCAGACAGCACCCACACAAUCACAGAGAAUGAAGAAAUAGUUGCCGUAGAUCCAGACCUCUCCAAUGCUAUUGCUGAGGACUCCAGUGAAGAUCGAGACCGCAGAGAGAGAGAAGACUCUGAGUUCCCUAUCUGGGCCACAGUAUCGCUGGUUAUUUUUCUUAUAUUCCUUGCAAUAUUGGCUUAUUUCCUGUACGCUAAACGUGGAGAAGGUGUGAAAAAAGGAAGAGAACUAGGAGAUCAGACUGUGAAAAGGAAACCUUUAUUUUCUGACAACAAAGAGGGUGACCCUAAAUAUCAACCAUCAGGAAACAGAGGAUUGCCAACGCCGAGUGCGGGAUCAGAUCACGGCACAGUCCCGAGAGAGAGGAGGAAAAAAGGAAGCAAUCUAGGAGAUCAGACAGGGAAUAAUGCCGGCGUUUUUUCUGACGACAAAGAGGGUGACCCUAAAUAUCAACCAUCAGGAAACAGAGGAUUGCCAACGCCGAGUGCGGGAUCAGAUCACGGCACAGUCCCGAGAGAGAGGAGGAAAAAAGGAAGCAAUCUAGGAGAUCAGACAGGGAAUAGUGCCGGCGUUUUUUCUGACGACGAAGAGGGUGACCCUAAAUAUCAACCAUCAGGAAACAGAGGAUUGCCAACGCCGAGUGCGGGAUCAGAUCACGGCAAAGUCCCGAGAGAGAGGAGGAAAAAAGGAAGCAAUCUAGGAGAUCAGACAGGGAAUAGUGCCGGCGUUUUUUCUGACGAUGAAGACAGCACGAGUCCGAAGCGAAAAGGCUCUGGAGGGAUCCUGAAACAGCCGGUCCAAGCUAGUUUGCUACAGUGGUUCCGAGUCUGGAUUUCCAAAUCGCCUGUCGCAGCUGAUGUAACUCUAGACCACGACACAGCCAGCUCCAGUCUCCUCCUCUCUGAUGAUCAUAAAGAGGUGAAGGUGUUGAUAAAACAGGUGGAAAACUACAGCAAGCCCAAGAAACAGGAGAAAUGGUUUAGUGUGCUGGGAACAGAGGGGUUCAACUCAGGGAGACACUACUGGGAGGUGAAGGUGGGGGGAAAGAAGAACUGGCGACUGGGCGUUGAUGAAAAAUUCAGUGAGGGUAAAAAAACAACAAAUUGGACUUUGGGUUUGAGGAAGGGGGAGUUUGAGGAAGGGGGAGUUUCUGGUCUAGGUAACCUCUGCACCCCAUCGCAGCUGAAGGUAGUGAGGGUUUCUCUGGAUAUGGUGGGAUGGCAGCUCUCCUUCUUCAAUGCAGAGACUAGAGCUGAGAUUUAUAAGAUCAGUAUCCCGAAGGUCACUGGAAAGCUGUACCCCUACUUCAGUCCUGGAAACUGGGAUAACGACCCACUGAAAAUCUGUGACCUGAACCCAGAGAAAUGAAUUAAAAUAAAGAAACAGGAACUCACUGUCUGAAAUCAGUUUAUACUCCCCGACGAUCCUGUCUCUUAAAUCCUAUAUCCAAUGUAUUCACUUUUAAUAUGUCAAUCCAAAUAUAUAAAAAAAAAAGUUUGACAUUUUUUAUAAGUUG